UACUGUCUUGUGCUAGUGAAUUUUGUAAAUUUAGUAUAAUAAAUAUAUAUUAUUUAUUGCAUAUUAUUAAUGAUGCAAAAAUGAUUCUAUUAAAAUUUGUUCUAUUAAUUUUUUUAAUUUCGAAUAGUUAUUGUAGAGUACCCGAUAAAGUAAAAUGUGUAAACGAAAAUUGCAGCAAACCCAUAUCGAAGGCGAAAACUUUAAUUAAAUAUAACAGUGGUGAUCCAGACCUAAUAUCAUAUCCUUCAAAUGCUGACGCUAUUAUAUACAUGAAAUCAGCUGGUCUUAAUCCAGAUAUAUGGUACGCAAACAUAAAUGGUCAAUCAGGUUUUGUUAACUCGAAGUUUUUAAGAGAAUAUAAAAAAAUUGCUGAGCCAGAGUUUAUUUUACCAGUAGAAGGAGAAACAAGCCAGGAAGAUGUGAAGCCUGACAAGGUAAAACAAGCGCAUGAGGUUGUUGAAGGUACUACUAUUUAUGGAUUGGAACCACAGGCAUCAGAAUUACAAGAAGGUACUACCACUCCAUCCUCAGUUGAAUCUAGUGAUCAAACAGUGCUGCCUUUACUGGACUUAGAACAAAACCUAGAUACUACACAAAAUAGUAAUAAUGAAAAUUCUCCUAUUCAAACCAAUAUUGAAACACUUUUAAAUGAAAAUGUUCAAAAUCAAGCUUCUGCAAGUCAAUCUUCAGAUACACCAGCAGAAAUAAUUUCACAAAGUGAAGAGUAUGUUUCAAGUACAUCAUUAGACAAAGACAUAGCUGACACAAACUCUUCUGAAGAUGACAAUCAGAAAUUAGACAGCGGUAAUGAAUUACCACUUGGUAUUCAAAAUAGUCCACAACAAGAAAACAGUAGUAAUACUAACCAAAAUGCACAAAUAUCUAGUGAAGAGACAAUAAAUCAUGAUUCACAAACAAUAACCCCCGAUUCUCCAAUUGAAAAAACUGAAACUGUUAAUGAAAAUGCUCAACUACAGAUGCAGACAUUUAGUGAAAAUGAAAAUGCAUUUGUAGAGUCUACUGAAGUGCCUAAUGAAGUAGAUUAUGUAAACCCAGAUUUAACAAAGUCUGAUUCUAAUGAUAUGAAUCAUCCAAACUUAGUAUUAUCACCAAAUUUAAUUAAUACAGUUGAUGCUGCACAGGCUAUUGAUAAUCCCAAAAUAUUUAAUGAUAAUGACAAUACUGUUAUUCCUGAACAACUAGUAGACACACCACAAGUGCCUGAAGAUGUAAAUAAGGAUACAAUUUUAGCUAGUGAAAACAAUAAAGUAAGUAUUCUUAAUAUGAAUGAUGAAAUAGGAACUGAUCAAGUAAAUAUUCAAUCAGAUACAACAGCUUCACAACCAGCUGAACAACAAUCUUCUACACAAGAUCGUUCUACAGAUAAUACACAAACAAUUUUGUCUACAACAGUCACACCAGAGCUAAUCAAAGAGACUAUCCCAGCAAUAUAUAAUACUGAUAAUGUACUACCGAUUGAUGUGCCUAUUGAUAAUUCAAAUAAUGUUAAUAAUCCAUCCAUAACAGAACAACCACCUAUUUAUACAGAAGUAGUCAAUGUACCUACACCUGAAGCACAAAAUACUGUUGAAACAACAACCGAGGUUCCUCCAAACCAAGUAUAUACAACUGAGACGACCCCAGAGGUAACUUCAGAGGCUUCUUCUGUAUCUGUAACAGUGCCUGAACAAGAGUCUGACACGCACUCUUCAUCAACUGAAAGUUUGAUACAGGAAAUAUUUAAUACACCUAUAACAGAAGCUUCAAAUGUAGAUGAAAAUAGUGACAAUUUAAUUUCUAGUAUUUACACAACAAUAUCAGAUAUAUGGUCCUCGACAACAGAGACACCACUGACUGAAUCAAUAUUUAACCCUGAAUUGGUUCAAGAACCCAUAACUGAUGAACAAGAAUCUGGAAGUUACUCAUUCAUUAAAUAUUUAUUUUAUACUUAUAACUCUGUCAUGGGUGCUAAAGUACAAUCAAAUGCUCUUUUUCCCUCAGCGGGGGACACCUGUUUUACAGAUGAAUACUGUGACGGUGAAAGCCUUAACAAACCCAAUCGUCUUCUCACCUUCCUUGUAACUACAGCUAGCUCUGUUGUUCUGUUUAUACUCGGAUACUACUACAUAGAAAGUAAAAGACAAGAUAGUAGGCUUAUUGGAAACAUAAAUAAUCUUCAACGAGAAUUGCUGUUUUCUACAAAGGAGUGUGAAAUCCUUAAAGAGGAACUUGCGUCAACUAAAAGUAAGCUAGCUGGCAUUGAAGAUAACUCCUUUGGUAUGGACGAUAUGGUUCAAUCACUUAAGGGAGAAAUACAAGAAUUGAAAGAAAAUAAUGAAAGAUUGCGAAAUUCAUUAGACGACAAUGAAAAAUUAUUAAGAGUGUCAGAAAAUACAGCAGGAGAACUACAAAAUACUUUGGGGGAAGUUGAGAACACUCUCAGUGAACUCUUAGCUGAAAGAGCUCACUCAGAAGAGCAAAUAGCAGAACUGAAUGGUAAAAUUCAAGCAUUUGAAGAAGAAUUAAUAUCAGUCAGUCGAGAAAGGGACAAUUUCCAAUUGAAGUAUGUGUCAGCUGAAACUGCAUUAGAGGAAUUCAAAAAACAAAAGAAAGAACUCGAGGAAGUGAAUCAAAAAUUGAUAGAAGCAAACAAUAAAAUUGAACUGCAAAGACAUGAAAUUGUAGCACUUAAAGAUGCUAUUAAGGAACUGACGAGUGGUACAUCAUCAAAUACUGAUGUAACAUCACUUAUAGAUCACACUGAAAUCAAAGCUAAAUUGUCAAAGGCUUUAGAAGAGAAGAAUUCAUUUAUGAGUAAAUAUGAGGUAGAACACAAGGAGAGGGCUCGGCUAGCAGAAGAACUUACAACUAUACAAGAGUCAUACAAAACAAGCAGACAGCAAACUUCCGAGGCCCUUACCAGGCUUGAAGUACUAGGCAAAUACUUCCAAGAAAGGGAAAGUGAACUUAUGAAGGAACUAAGUACUAAAGAGGCAAUAUGGCUCAGCAAACAAGGAGAAUCAGCGAGUACUAUAGAAAAAAUUGAACUUCUGCAACAAGAAAUUCAAAGAUACAAGGAGAAGUGCGACGCUCUGACGCUAGAACUGGCGGAGCAGGAGUCGGCGCGGCGCACGGCCGUGGGCGAGGUGGAGGCGCGCGCGCACGCCGCGUGGCUGGAGGCGCGCGCCGCGCGGCGGGACGCGGACGCGGCGCGCGCCGACGCCGCCGCGCUGCGCCGCAAGCUCGCCGCGCUCGGCCGCGCCGACGGCGCCGGCUCGCCGCACGCGCCGCACACGCCGCAGGUGGCCUCGCCACUAGAAGCAGAGGUCCUGCCGGCCGCGCUACCGCCGCCGCUGGCGUUCCUCCCCCCACUUCUCCCGCCGCUACCUCGACCGCCGCCUUUAGGCAGGCUGCCUUCGCCGCACCCUCCGAGAUACAGCGAGCGGCGCUACUCCCCCGAGAGCCGCUACUCGCCCGAGAGCCGCUACUCGCCCGAAAGCCGCUACUCGCCCGAGAGCAGAUACUCGCCCGUGCGGCGCUACUCGCCCGAGCCCUCGCGCUACUCGCCCGAAAGCCGCUACUCGCCCCGCCCUAGUCGCUCGCCCUACUCGCCUCGGCAAAGAAGACGAUCUAUAGAAAGGUACAGUGGGCGCGGUUCGCGAUCACGGAACGGUCCCGCCGAUACUGAGACAGAAUACAAUUCCGACAGCCCCACACGACGACAACCUAGGCGAAGAUAUUCCAGGCCAUCAGGGCCAAGUUCAGGUUCAGGAUGUUCUUCUGAGUCCGAAAAAGGAAUUUAAACAAACGCUUAAUAUUAGAAUUGAAGCCAAAUCGUUUUUUAUUGGUUGUUAUGUAUGUAGUCAGGAGUGAGAAAAUUGAUAAACUCCACUGGGAAAGAUUCUUGAAUUGAUGUACCUAGUAUUUAAUUGACAAUUGAGAAUUUAUAGUUUUGUUUUCAAAUCUACUUUUUUUCUUGCUAUCCCAAUCCAAACUUAAUAUAAAUAUAGUUUUUGUUCUAAAUGAAUGGAAAGGAAUAGUUUUCUUAGAACAUCUAGUCUUCCUUCUAUUACAUCUUGCUUACUGAAA